AUUACUGCUAUAUUGCGCGUGCACGUGCGAUCAGAGGUAGUCCGCGUGCGUGAAUGUGCGUCGGUGUUUGUUUUGGGGACGGGCUUGUUCGACGGUCUCGCCGUGAAGAGGUCUGAGGGAGCUAUGAAUUUUGAAUUCGAAAGGGAGAUCGGUUUUAUCAACAGCCAGCCGUCCCUCGCUGAGUGCCUGACGUCCUUCCCUGCCGUCCUGGAGUCAUUUCAAACUUCAUCAAUCAAGGAGUCGACAGUAAUUCCGCCUCCCUUCGAGCACACCAUCCCCAGCCUCAGUCCCUGCACCGCCAGCCAGCCGAGACCAGCCUCACGGAGCCAGCACAACCGGAGGACCUCCGCCGCCGAUGGCCUCCAGACGCAUCACCGACUCGGCAGGCAGCCCUGCCCGCCCGAGCAGGCCCCCGCCCCGAACGCCGGUGCCUCGGCGGGUGCGCUGGGGCACGAGUUCCCCUGGAUGAAGGAGAAGAAGUCAUCUAAAAAAUGUCCCAAGCCUGGGAGCGGCUCCGGCGGCGCCGGACCCCCGGUCCCAUCCGCAUCAUCUUCUCCCUCGCCCACCGCCUCCGGGUACGCCUCGGCGGGCAUCGAGUCCCCCACAGAUCCCAAUCAGGCGGCUUUGGAGGUCGGGGGAGCCGGGUCGCGUCGCCUGCGCACCGCCUACACUAACACGCAGCUGCUGGAGCUGGAGAAGGAGUUCCACUUCAACAAAUAUCUAUGCCGGCCGAGACGAGUGGAAAUCGCGGCCCUUUUGGAUUUGACGGAGCGGCAGGUGAAGGUUUGGUUCCAGAACCGACGUAUGAAGCACAAACGGCAGACUGUCCACCACCGGGACGGAGGAGGCCACGAAUCCGGCGAGUCGAGCUGCUUUGAGCCGCUGGAAGGCGCCGACGCUUCGUCGCCGUACUCCAGUCAGCCUCUGGAAGCAUCCGGCACAGGGGACGUAUCGGACGGCGAGGCGGGAAGCGGUAAUCCAUCUUCCACCCACACUCAUGACAGCGCGGACAAUGCGCAUCCCACGCUGGAGGGGGGAGGCCUAUCGAGCCGCCCCGACCUGACACCGCUAUCCUCGGACUCUGCCGCCAAGCCGGCCUUCGCCGUCCGAAGCUGCGGCGAUAACACGGCCGCGCAAAGCGACCAGACAUCCGAAGCCUCCGUCACGUCCUCCGCCAAGAUCUCAGACCUGAGCUUCUUCGCCGAGGACGCCUGCUUGUCGCCCGGCCUGCAGAGCUCCCUGGACAGCCCGGUGAAUUUCUCCGAGGAGGACUUCGACUUGUUCACCAGCACCCUGUGCACCAUCGACCUCCAGCACCUCAACUUCUGACACCCGGAAGAAGAACCACCGAGGAGUUUAUGGUUACAAAAAAAAGCAAAGGCUUUUUAUGACUUCCAUCUUUAUGUUGACGCGGGAGAUGCGCUUUAUUAGGAUUAGGAUUCAUUUUUAAAACAUCACAUGGAUUGUUUCCCUUCAUUCCAGGUAUUUCUUCCUUUCACUUUCAGCGUCACAUCACACCCAACCCUUGUCACACAGGACGUCUUUUUGUCAAUGUUUAUUUAUUAUUAUUUGCUC